CAGGGAUUAGAAGGCUAGCUGGUUUAGCCACAGCUAGCUAGCACGUUUGGUGACGGCUGUGACGUUGUGCUAGCUAAUUGCUAACAAACUGGAUUUAAAGAGAAACCACUCAGACGAUAAUAUCACUCCUGGGGCACGUUGCUCUGCCGCGAGUCGUAGAAACAUAUGUCUCGCGUAAAAGCAUGCCGGCCCGUCAGAAUGUUUCCCGGGCUUGAACUUGUUGGAUGACUCUGCUGCGUUAAGUAGCUGAAGGGCCCCGAGUCCGCGGCGCUCGAGUGAGCGACAGCCGGGGGACGGCGGCGGUCUGAGCGGGAGGGAGCAUCGAAGCCACCGGCUAGCCACUAAUAGUCACCGCACCACGACUUCUGUUCACCAUGUCACACACCGGACCCCCUCCUCGGUGGCGGAAUUGUCCCAGAAGAGGACAACCCGUGGCAGCUAAAUUCCUGCCAAUGAAAACGAUGUUGGGUCCCAGAUAUGAUGACCAGGUUGCAGAGGAGAACAGGUUUCACCCAAGCAUGCUGUCCAACUAUUUAAAAAGUCUUAAAGUGAAAAUGGGUUUGCUUGUGGAUUUGACGAACACUACUCGCUUUUACGAUCGCACCGAGAUUGAAAAAGAUGGCGUAAAAUAUAUGAAGCUUCCGUGUAAAGGCCAUGGAGAAUGCCCUUCAAAAGAGACAACUGGGAUGUUCAUCAGGCUCUGUGAACACUUCAUAGAGAAGAAUCCCACAGAAUUGAUAGGUGUUCACUGCACGCAUGGCUUCAACCGGACAGGCUUUCUGAUAUGUGCAUACCUGGUGGAAAAGAUGGACUGGAGCGUCGAGGCAGCAGUGGCUGCUUUCGGCCAGGCCCGGGCCCCAGGGAUCUACAAGGGAGACUACCUCAAAGAGCUUUUCCGUCGGUAUGGUGAGGAGGAGGACGCACCCCCUGCCCCCGCGCUGCCCGAGUGGUGCUUCGACGACGACGAUGGGGAAGUGGACGACGACGGUAAUGCGGUUGGCCAAGAGUCGGGCCCCAGCUCCUCCGGGUCAGCGCCUGGCAAACGAAAGAAAGAGAAGCUAAAACUGGGUGCAGUAUUCCUUGAAGGCAUCACAGUGAAAGGCGUCACACAGGUCACCACACAACCCAAACUAGGAGAUAUCCAAAGAAAGUGUCAGGAGAUGGCCGAGUGGGACAAGUCUGGUUUUCCUGGUGCUCAGCCUGUGUCCAUGGACAGGCAAAACCUUCGUUUCCUGGAACAGAAUCCAUACAAAGUCAGCUGGAAAGCUGAUGGCACACGGUACAUGAUGUUGAUCAACGGGAAAAAUGAAGUAUUCAUGAUCGACAGAGACAACACGAUCUUCCACAUAGCGAACCUAGAGUUUCCUUUCCGGAAGGAUCCACGUGUCCACUUAUCAAAUACUCUAUUAGAUGGGGAGAUGAUCAUCGACAAGGUGAACGGUCAGCCCGUCCCCCGCUAUUUGAUAUACGACAUCAUCAAAUUCAAUGGACAGCCUGUUGGCCAGUGUGACUUCAAUAUCCGGCUGUUAUGCAUAGAAAAGGAGAUCAUCUCUCCCCGGAUGGAAAAGAUGAAGACCGGACAGAUUGACAAAACCAAGGAGCCCUUCAGUGUCCGAAAUAAGCCCUUCUUUGACAUUCACGCAGCACGCAAGCUACUGGAAGGCAGCUUCACGUCCCAGGUCAGCCACGAAGUCGACGGGCUUAUCUUCCAGCCAUGCGGGGCAUCGUGGUGUCGACACUACAAAGGCAUACAAAAGACAGAGUUCUUGGAGAAAGAUCAGAGAGGCUAUAAUGGCAGGCUUUUUGUUCCACCUUCGAGCUGGGUCAUUGAGAACAGUCCUGCCAUAGGGGCAUACGUGGGUGGAGCCAGGAACCCCUUAUUUGGUCAUGUGCUGUGACAGCGCAGGUUCUCCUGAGGAAUCCUGUCUUGUUUUCUACACAUUUCCUUGGAGUAGACUUCUGUUACCGGGCAACCUGACAGUGACGGAGUCUGAUCAUCUGUUCCCGCCUCCACCCGUCAUGCCUUUACAUUUCUCAUGUUCCAGCCACUUGCUUCAUGUCUUCUGAAAUGUCAAGCAUGCAUAAAUAAUGGAGAAAUGAUGGAGGAAAGCAUGUUGUGUCACAUGUUGCUGCACAUUAAAACACAGUAGUGAUGUGGAGAAAUGUUGAAUUAUCAGCCUUUUAAUGGUUUAUCAUCUCUAUUCUUGUGCUUCCACCAUACAGUUUUCUACUUAUAAUCAUUGAUUUUCAAAUGUGAAGCACUUGAACACAUUUUUUAAUUAGCUCUUUUUUUUUUGUUUGCGUUUCGUAAUGAUGUUGAUACCCAGAGACUCAUUUUUAACCUAAGAUCAAUUCAUUUCCAUGUUCAUUUUCCUUGCUGCUCUAGAUAGUUAGAUACCAACAGUGUACCAUAAUGGAGCCUAAUUUGUAUGAGGCUCAUUAACUGUAGCUGUUGCUUAAAAAUUAUGCUCGGUUUACAAAUUGCUCAGUCAUUAAGUCUGCAGAGUUAUGGGUUGACAAAACUGCAAA